ACAACGCUCUUUAUGAUAAAGGACCUAUAUAAGCACUUUCGUGGCAGGCGUCCUGACUGCAGUGUGUUGACCCAAACCUCUUUGGCACCGGACUCAACAUGGGGAAGAUCAUCUUCUAUGAGGACAGGAACUUCGGGGGGCGCUCCUAUGAGUGCAGCAGCGACUGCGCUGACAUGCACUCCUACUUCAGCCGUUGCAACUCCAUCCGAGUGGAGAGCGGCUGCUGGGUUCUGUACGAGCGCCCCAACUACAUGGGCUACCAGUACGUCCUGACCCGGGGGGAAUAUCCCGACUACCAGCGCUGGAUGGGCUACAACGACUCCAUCAGGUCCUGCCGCAUGUUUCCAGAUUACCAGAGCUCUUCCUACAGGAUGAGGAUCUACGAGAGGGAAGGCUUCGGAGGCCAGAUGAUGGAGUUCAUGGACGACUGUCCCAAUGUCUACGACCGCUUCCAUUACCGUGACAUCCACUCCUGCAACGUGAUGGACGGCUACUGGACCUUCUACGAGCAGCCCAACUACAGAGGCAGGCAGUACUUCAUGAGGCCCGGAGAGUACAGGAGGUUCAGCGACUGGGGCGCCAACUGCGCUACUAUUGGCUCCUUCAGGAGGGUCAUGGAUUUCUAAAUUCCAGCUGGACUCAACUGAUGUGUUAUUGAUGCUGCAAGCAAAGCUAAUUAAACCAGCUUAGAGCACUUGAAACAUU